AUGGCGCCGUUAACACGCGUAUGCGCCGCGCUCCUCCUCGGCUUCGCGACGGUGGCUACCGCUCUUGAUGCACCGCCGCUCCCCCUUAAGGCGUCAAGUCGAUGGAUCGUAAACGCCGAAAACAAGCGUGUCAAGCUCAAGUGCAUCAACUGGGGCGGGCACAUGGAGGUUAACAUCCCUGAGGGCCUCCACAAGCAGCCUGUCGACUUCCUGGCCGAGUGGGUCGCCAACGCGGGCUUCAACUGCGUGCGCCUGACCUACUCGACCGACAUGGCCCUCAACCCGGGCCUCAUGGUCAGCGACUCCUUCCGUGCUGCGGCCCCGGCUGCGGGUGUGUCUGCGGAGAGCAUGAGCGACAUGUAUAACACGGCCGUCAGCAAGAACCCCUGGCUCGAGUCGGCAAGCAUCAUCGACGCACACGCCAAGGUGGUGGAUGCGCUCUGGAGCAAGGGCGUCAUGACCAUCCUGGACAACCACGUCAGCAGGGCCUCGUGGUGCUGCAACCUCGACGACGGCAACGGGUGGUGGGCCGAGGCGCCCGGUUACAACGAUAAUAACUCGAGGUUCUUCAAGACGAACGAGUGGCUCGCGGGCCUGCAGGCCAUGGCGUCGUGGGCCCAGGGCCACAAGGGCGUCGUGGGCAUGGGCGUGCGCAACGAGAUCCGCGAGUUCCUCACUCAAGGCACUUUCAACGGCCGCCAGGACUGGUACGACCAGGUCUCGGCUGCCGCCCGUCUCAUCCACAGCACGCACCCCGAUGUGCUCAUCCUCAUCGGCGGGACGCUGUCGUCGACUGAUUUGUCACACGUUCGGUCCCGUCCGCUCGAUGUCUCGGAAUGGAAAGAAAAGCACGUCUGGGAGUGGCACGCCUAUUCCUUCACGGUCAACUUCCACCCCAUCAUCAAGACGUGCUGGUAUAUGAGGCAGCUAUACGGAGCCUUUGACGGCUUCCUCCUCGAGCAGGGUAAGUCUUACACGGGCCCGCUCAUCCUGUCCGAAUUUGGCUUCGACCAGAACUCGCCCGACAACUUCUACCUCGACUGCCUGCGCGACUACGUGGUCGGCAACGACGGCGACUGGGCCAUCUGGGCGCUGCAAGGUAGCUACUACGCCCGCAACAAGCAAGCCGACUUCGACGAGUCCUUUGGCGUCCUCAACAGGGACUGGAGUGACUGGAGGAACAGCGAUGUCAAGAAUAAGCUUGGCAAGAUGUGGGACACCACCCAAGGGCCGUAG